CUGAGCUCCGCACGAGCCAAGCGCGGCAUCGAGGCUCUUUACAUUUCAUCGGUAAUAAACACCGGGGCUGCACGGAUCGUUCUGUACCUCUGUAUUAAAUUUCUUUUUAACAUCAGGAUUCAUAUGAAGUGGACUUUUAAAUCCUAGGAGGAGAAAUGCGAGCCGGCGCCCUGCCGGCGUUGCUCUCUGGUGCGUAAUUGAUUCGGACUUCCUGCACACCAGCCAGGCUGCACCUCAGGGAGCUUCUCCUAAUAGAACUAAGUAAAUAACAAUGGAAGACAAGCGCAAGAAGCGAAGCCCCAAAGUGUCCCUCCCCCAACCGCCUCCACCGCCCAUCAACCCCCGCAAGCUCUCCGUCCUGCCUGCCAGCAAAAGUGCCACUUUCUCCCUCGGCCUGCCGCAGCCUCCCUCCCCCAAGAACAGAGGCAAGUAUAAAAGGUCCAUAGGAGCGCCGGGACAGCCCAAAGAGGUGUUCGCAGCGGUCGUUGCUCCACCAAAGAUCACCAGACCCCACAGGGAGAAGCCCAGGGCCCCCCAGCCAGCAGGGCCCAGUAAAGUAGUCCAGUCGUCCCCCCUGCAGCACUCCUUCCUCACAGACGUCUCAGAUGUGAGAGAGAUGGAGGGAGGCCUCCUCAACCUCCUCAACGACUUCCACUCAGGCAAACUGCAAGCUUUCGGUAAAGUAUGCUCCUUUGAACAGCUUGAACACGUCCGGGAGAUGCAGGAGAAGCUGGCACGACUGCACUUCAGCCUUGACAGCCACGUGGAGGAGCUUUCCGAGGACCAGAGGAAAUGUGCUUCCGACCACAACCUGGAACACCUGCUCUGCAACCUGGAGGAGCUCAGCACCUCAAUACAAAAGCUCCACUUGGCUGAGAAUCAGGACCUGCCCAAGACAUCUGGUCCCUGACAGAGUGAGGUGUACGGGAUGGCAACCACACACUCGUCUAACGUGGAAUCGAUCCAGCUGCCUUAGUAACAGGAUGGAAAGAUCAACGGGAGGGGCUCGUUUUUUCCAUUUGGUCAGUGAAGCUGAGGGAACAAAGCAAGGACUCGAGAGCAGCAGAGCAUUAACUGAACACUCGGUCAAAAUCAUGAACCCCUCUCAUUCAUAACACAAAAAAAGAAACUGGAUGGUUAACUGAUCAGGAAUCUGUGAGAAUAUGCUGUAUGUGAACUUUCCCUUGGCUUUAGUUUUUAGUUACAUAACUCUAAGAAAGAAGUCAAUCCAGGUGAGUGAACUCAUUGGCUCUGUUGGUUUUUUUUUUCAUGCCAAAAAGCACAUUUAAUGAGACUUUGAAAUAUUUAUACUGUUUCUUUUUGUUGUAUCUGUAUGCCUAAUCUGUGAUAUAUUCCAUCUAACUGUAUGCAUCCGUAAGCAAAGGUAAGGAAUUUGCACAUUCAAGUAGCAAACGCAUUCGGCCCUUUUGACAGCACCACUGUGGCUAGCUCGGAAGUUUAAAGGGAGUUUUGCUCUUAUUCUGAAAGCACUCCCUCAUUUUUAUAUCUUUGCUAAAGGUUUGCUAUUGGAAAACACUGGACAUGGAAAACAAAAUAUUUAUUUUCUGUGUAUAUAUCAGUUUUGAAUUAUGUGCAGUUUAGCUGCUGUAUUGGACAGGAUUGCCUUUAGGCUUUAAUUUUCUUUAAAAAAAAAUAAAAAAAAUAGCAGUAGCAGCAUCCCUCCAAGCACAAGCUAGUUCACCCUGCUGCUGAAAUGCUAGAAAAUCACGUACCAUUGCAUGAAGGUCAAACAGUAGUUUGUUCAGUCUUACAAGGACCGCACAUGCGUAGUGUUUUGCAGCUAGCAUAAACUUCUAAACAGUGCUAUUUCAAAAUGGCAGCUACUUUGAUAUAAAGGUUCGGUGAUUAUGAUUUGUGUUUUAUUAAAUUACAAACCCUAGAGUGUACUUUGGAUGUCAUGUUUAAUCAUGACCAUACAAUUACAGAGAUAUUAGUGUUCACUGUUAAACAUCAGAGCAGUUUUGAAGCAACCCCCCACCUUUUUUUUUUUUUUUUUUUUAAAUUGUGUGCUAAGCCUACCUCUUUUCAAAGCCUUUGAUCAGUCCUCUUUCAAGGAUUCUUCACAGUCAGACAUUUUUGUUUUUUUACAUAUGAAGCGUAGUCCUCAUCAGAAGGCUAGUUAUGGUUAGCUUUUACUCAGCAUGUUAUGAAUGAAGCAUAAGAAAUUAAAAAAAGAACACCUGAAGCUUGUGUUUCCAGUAACUCCACCUAUUAAUAAAGCUAUAUUAGAUUACCUAAGCUGAAAAAUGUGUUUCAAUUUUAAAAAUGAUGUAUUGUUGUGAUUAGCAAGUUAAUCCCUCCGCCCCAUUUCCAGUCUUUGAAUGAGGCACUCCGAAGUUGGUUUUACAGAAAUAAAACAGUUUAUUCAUA